AUGCAUUCCCUCUUUAAGCACUUACCAUCUCUUCCUGUCUGUUUCAACAAGGGGUGGGGCGUACAUCGAUCUAAGAUUGACCUCUCUUUGCAGCAACUUACGCAGGAUAGAUAUUCAGUAACACAAAUGUUGUACUAG